AUGCCUCCGAACCGCUACGCCUGCACCUUCCUGCUUUCCGUGUCUUUCCUGGAGCUGAUCUUCUGGGUGCCAGACUGCUCGGGAGCUCAGGGCAAGUUUGCCUACAAGCUGCUCAAAGAUUUGUUUGCCAACUAUUCCAGCGCUCUGCGGCCAGUGGAAGACACGGACCGAGCUCUCAACGUCACUCUCCAGGUCACGCUAUCCCAGAUCAUUGACAUGGAUGAGAGGAACCAAAUCUUGACAGCUUACCUGUGGAUCCGGCAGGUCUGGGUAGACUGCUACCUCACCUGGGACAAGGAGGCUUAUGACGGCAUCGACACUAUCCGAAUACCGAGCAGCUACGUCUGGAGGCCGGACAUUGUCCUCUACAAUAAGUGGGUUUCCUCUUCCCAGAGUGUUUGUGUGUGUGUGUAA